CGUGUCCGUGACGCACGUGUCCCGGGCCGCACCGCCGCUCUACUGUCACUCACACGCCGCCGACCCUCGCCAGUGUCCGCGUCUCUCCUCACGCGUCUGCUCGGUUCGCCGCCAAUCGCUGAGGACAUCGCCUGGACGCUCGAAUCGGCGCCAAACGCACGUGCCCCGAGAAGCGCUAGCUUCCCCUUCUGCAGCCACCAGCAAACGCGUCCUGGCCGCCACGCGCCUCUGGCCUCCACCACCGCCACAGUGCCGUUGUGGUGGUGGUGACGAGGCGGGGGAGGUCAUGGUAGCACGGGCGGUGACGGAGGCAGCUCAUGUGAUGCACAACAAGAUUCCUGGCGCAGCUCCUCCCGAGGAAGGCGUCACCGCGGACGCGAGUGGCCCUCGGAGCGCAUGAAACGUCAGAGCGCCUAGAGAGAAAGGAUUAAGGGAAAUAUUUCGCCUGAAGAAGGCAGACGCAGGAGCUGCCUUGCGAACCAUGUCGGUGUGACGUCCCGGCGCUCCGGCUCCGCGGGCGUCGGCGGCGCCGCAGACGCAGCACAACCGCGUGUAUUCCCAAGCGAGAGAUUCACGGCAAAUCAGGUUCAGUCAGCAUUGAUAGCGGGGGACAACUGUUAUCACUGCAGCCAAUUUUGAGGUUCGCGUCCCCCGUUCCGGGCGCCUCCAUGACCAAGGCGUCGCCGGAACGGCUUCUUCUCCGCCCAGCCUCGCCCAGACGCCCACACGCUCCAUGCUCAGCUCCUGCAGCCUGACCGAGCGAGGUGUCCUACAAGUGCCCUACGUCAAAAUGGGUAGGAUGCCCCACAUCCUCGACCUCCACCAGGCCAUCGUAAGCGGCGACGUGGCCAGCGUGGCCCGGCUGGCGGGGAGCGAGCUGGACCUGGGCUGCCCCGUGCGCGGCACCACCGCCCUCUCGCUCGCCGUCUAUCGCGGGGACCUCCAGGCCCUCAGGUUGCUCAUAAAGGCUGGGGCGCCCCUAGACAGGCGUAGCAAAGACCAUCUGGAACGUCUAGAAACACCAAUCAUCUCUGCCAUCAGACUGGGUCACCGCGAGAUCUUCGAGGAGCUGGUGACUCACGGCGCGCGUCUCGACCUGCGGGACUUCUACAACCAGACUCCCUUGUGGUUCGCUGUGAAGGAGCAGCGCCUCAGCUUCGUCAAGGUGCUGCUCAAGGCAGGCGCGCCCGUGGAUUUCACUCGUGCCACGGAGAAUCCCCUCAAUAUUGCCAUGCAGUUCCUCGGAUACAGAGGACGGCGCGAAAUGGCCCUCGAGCUAGUGGCCGCGGGAGUGCCUCUCACCCUUGAGGACUAUAAGGGCCACUCGCCGCUCUACUGGGCCAUGAAGCACAUGGAUUUCGAGUUUUUCAGGCUACUGGUCGAGGCGGGAGCACCCCUGCGAGAGUACGACUGGUUGGCGCCGCCGCACUUGCCGCGCCCCUGGCUGGAGGACGCGGCGAUCAUGGCCUGGCUGCGCAGGGAGAGCAAGACGCCGCCCCCGCUGAAGCGCCAGUGCCGAACCGCCAUCUACGCCACCCUUAGGGCCAUCCACGGCACCGACGUGCGCCCGCUCAUCCAGCACAUCACCCUUAGCGGCAACGUCCUGCUGCCGAUGCUUCUGCAGAACUACAUCCUGCUAGAGGGCCCACUGAGCUGCGCCGCCGCUAACCCGCCCCCGCACCUCCACACCGGCCAGCUGGAGGUUGUCCCGGCUCCAGCGCCCAUACCGCUGUGACACCUGCCUGGGGGCCACUCCUAAUGGCUACUGGGGCUGCCUUCGCGACUGGAAUGAAACCUCAUCGAGAAUCACGAAUCAAAAGGCUCGAAGACACAACUCUACACUCAGAACCAACAUGCAGUCACUGCACAAAGCUUGGGCGCAGCAAGAGUAGAGUCACUCAGAGCUACGGGCAGAAGGCGCUCUAUGCGUGGCUUAAGCCCGGCCAAACGAUGCAGUCUGAGCAGCAGUAGCCAGCGACAAAACAGGAUGUGGUACCGAAGCAAGUUAGUAGGUGCUGUCUGCAAAUGCAACGGUGCCUCGGCUUUUGUGAAAAUAGUGGAAGACCUAGCAGUAGUAAGGCGACCAUGAAAAUAAGUGAAUCUGCUAGGGAAAAAAAGGAAAUACACCGAUCUAUUAUUAAAGACUUUUUGGCAUUAUGGGAUCCAGUAACAUGCCUUGAGUGACCGUGUGACAGUCGCUUCAGAUGUGACAAGUAUGGACACUCGUCAGCGUGAAGGGCAAGCGGGAAAACUGCACUGUCAGUGUUCUGGUGCUUUCUUCUUGUCGGUUCCAUGUUCUACCUCUACCAAAGAUUAGCAUUAAGAGAGAUUUCUAAUGACUGACAUCCCUUCAGUGCUAAUGAAAGAAGUUAAUGUGUUGUUUAUUUUUUUUUAAAGAUAAGAUGUGCAAACUUUAGCAAGCCAGUCGGCUGUGUGGUUUUCUUUAGAGUAUAUUACGGUCUUUGAGAGUGGAUUUUGCUAAGAUAAAAUUAGUUUUGGAGUUCACUUUGUACGUGGAUGAGUGCCCAGCUAGUCAAUACGUAAGAAACAUGUGUUCGCCCAGCUACGGCAUAUGCACUGGCACAGUCUCCUAGAAACAAUCAAAUGUUUUGACUGUUAUUUAUUUGAUUUCUGUGAGAAUGUUAUUCCCCAAAACAUUUCCAUUGUUUCUAGCGAAAGUGUCUGCUCAGCCAAGUUGGAGUGGACACAAGUCACGUGUUUGGUUUUGGUUCGUCUUUUAAAUGUCUUGUCCAGUGUGUUUAGAUUAAAAGUUUUCGGUGUGAUCGCAGAUCUUGGCGAGUCCAGCGUCUUUCGAGGCCCCGCAGCAAGUCAGUAGGAGAGGCCCUCACAAGAUGCCUUUGCCUCAUUUGAAUACACCCAGCCAUACCUGCUCCCCGGGCCAGUCUCGGAUGUCUUAUAGUUCAACGAUCGGUUCUGUUUCUUUCUGCCUGAUAAAAGGUACAUUAGUAAUCUGUGCUAGUAUUUACUCCGGGUAUAAUAGCAUAGUCAUCGGAUAAUGUACAGAAUGUUUCCGUUUGCCAAUCUUGCGUGUUAUACAAUAGGAAAUAUCGAGGACAGCCAAAGCGAGGUAGAGAAUAUUGAAACGCUAAAUUUUGCAAAUGAAACAUUUUGGUGAAUAGCGAGAAUUCUUAUACAAUCUACUAGACUAACGCACAAGUUUGUAGUUGCUGUGAAUAUACAAAGAUACUGGUUGUAAUUCUUAGCCUUUCAAAAGCUAAAGAUUUGCUCUGGAUUUAAAGAGAGAAGCUCCGAAGUGCGGCAGACCUCAACUAGUACAUAUCUAUCAUUUCAGGAAACAAACAUAACAUAUGGAUAAACAAAUACAACAAAACGUCUAACAGCAAAGUUUUGCAUAUCUUCACUUUAGGCACAUGUUUUGUCUUUAUACGUUUCCUGCAUGACGUUAAAGCACAAAAUAUAUUCUCUUCCAUGGCAUACGUAUAUCAAAAUAGGCUUCCAGAAUGUUCACUUGUAAGGUAAUAGCAAUGUGCUCAAGCUAUGCAGUAACAGUAUUUAUUGUCUAAUUUAUUAUUAUUUAAUAUUUAUUGUUUUAAGAGAUGUGGAAAGAAGAGUGUAUAUCUAGUCAUUACGAUCUAUUAUUAUUUUGUCACUUAAUGCUGAAUACUGGCACGAAUAUAAGCAAACAUAUAUACGCACGAACUCAUUCAUGCAAUCACACGAUCCGUUUAUCAUCACUUUAUUCAUGACAUGCUUUAAGUUCGUUCAUAAUUUCGAUGUGUGGAUAUAAGACCAAUUAUUUCUGUUUAUACUUUUGUAGUGUGUAUAUAUUUUGGAUUCGUGUAGUAUAGUUUUAGAUAUGUAUUUUUAAGGGAUUUGGAAAAAAAAAGAAAAAUAUAUGCAUGAAUUUAUUUUAGUACCAGUGCGUUAGCGAACCUGCAUGUGCGAUAACUGUCGUCAAGGGUAUGAAUGAAAAGCCCAAAGGAUUUUUGUGAAUGGAUUGGACCCCGACACGGUUGGUGCAGAGAGCGAGGUAGAAUCCACUGAAAGCUAUGUAAACCCCCUUGUAAGAAAUGUGCAGCAGGGGUCUUUAAUGUGUGUGUUUAGAAUGUGAUAAUCCUUCUAAAAGGUCGUUGGUAAAACUUGGUGAUUUUAGCCUCUCUCUCUCUCUCUCUCUCUCUCUCUCUCUCUCUCUCUCUCUCUCUCUCUCUCUCUCUCUCUCUCUCUCUCUCUCUCUCUCUCU